AUGGCUAAUCUAGUGAUGGGGGAGUUCUCUGAGGCUACCACUCCAGGUGCUUGGAUGGUAGACUUCAUCCCGCGGCUUCGACAUAUUCCAGAGUGGAUGCCCGGCGCUGGGUUCAAGAAGACUGCUAAACUCUUCAGACAUCAUCUACUGCAAAACGUCCAAGAUCCUUACCAAUAUGUCAGAGAUCAAAUGACCAACGGUAAGGGUGAUGUUUCCUAUGUUGCUGGUCUCAUCAAAGACAUUCACCGCAAGAUUGAUCCUGAGGAAGAGAGUAUUAUUGCAUGGACUGCAGCUUCGAUGAUGAACGCAGGUACCGACACCACCGGCGCAACCCUCCUCGCCUUCUUUGCAGCCAUGGUUAUCUACCCCAAAGUCCAAAAGAAAGCCCAAGAAGAAAUCUCUCGUGCCACCGGAGGCUCUCGUCUCCCUUCAUUCACCGACAAGCCAAACCUUCCAUAUAUCACCGCCAUGGCCCAAGAAGUACUCCGCUGGCACACCCUCGCCCCAAUGGGGUUUCCGCACAUGACGACCGAAGACGAUACAUACCGCGGCUACUUCAUCCCCAAGAACACUCUCCUCUUCCCAGCUGUAGCAUCUCUCACGCACGAUCCUGAGGUCUACCAUGAUCCGAUGGAGUUUAAGCCAGAGCGGUAUUUUGAACCGUAUAAUGAACCUUCACCGUCGGAUCUUGUGUUUGGGUUUGGGAGAAGAUCAUGUCCGGGUCGAUGGAUCGCUGAGCAGACUUUGUUUUUGAGUAUUGCGCAGACGUUGGCGGUUUUUAGGAUUGAGCGGGAGGUGGAUGCGGAGGGGAGGGAGAUUGAGGUAGGGUAUGAGCAGUUGCCGGGUGUUAUUUCUCGUGUGAAACCGUUUCCGUGUAGGAUUGUACUGAGGGAUGAGACUUACAGGAUGUAUGUAGAGUAG